AUAACGGCCACGCGGCGCAGCAUGCGUGACUAGUGUGCGUGGCGUUCGCCAUGAUGCAGAUGGGCCCUUGAAUUGUCGAGUCAAGUGCACACCGCUGAUCGAGCGUGUCGUCACUGCUUCCGACUGAACAUGUAGUAAGCGGAAGCCUCCGUGGCUGCAAUAAACGGGGGCUCGGUACCCCGCUUCGUACCACAGGGCCAGCGCGACCAUAUUUUUGCAUCCCGGCAGGCUUUGCACGCAGGCUGGGUGUGCUUUUGUGCCGCCGUUUCGUCGUUUCGUCGCUCACUGUCGCGGAGUGCUUCCAGGGCAGCUAGCGUAGUUCGCGCUGUCGCGGACAAGAAUCGCAGUGCGAUAGUAUCGGCCAGCCGCGCGCCGAAGAUGUGACGGCGUACGCCCCCCCCAACUGGUACCAAUUGCCUUUGACCGGCCCCUCUCGGUCGAAGCAGGCCGCACCCGAAGUCAUGACGUGGCGAGAGCGGCCUCUUUCGCUGGGCGCAGCAGCGGCGUGCGUCUUGUUCGAGAUGCUUCGCUUGGUGGCUGCUACAGGGGACGGCAGCGUCGGCGGCCUGAGCGCCGCCCUCGUGGGACCGGACACGGCCGUGCUGUCGUGGAUGCAGCCGGCGAAUGGCGCCGACGGCUACGAGCUGCGCCUGAUGCGCGGCUCGGCGCUCGUCUUCGCACAGCGGUUCGCGCUUGAUGCGGCGGAGAAGAACUACCCCGUGCUGUACUACCGGCUCACUGGAUUGCGGCCGGCCACCACGUACAAUGUCUCGCUGGUCGCCAUACUGGCAGGCCGGCAGGGUCCGGCCACCACCGUUGUGUUCACCACUGCUCCGCUAGCGAGCCCCACGACUCCCGCGACUUCAAGUACUCCCCAAAGCGUUCUCAAUGGCCCUACGAGCAUCCAAGCGGUUCCGUUGUCGAGCACGUCGGUGCUGCUGUCGUGGGGUCCUUUGGCGCCGUACGUGGUAGGAGGGCAGUACCGUGUGCGCGUGAAGAACACUGAUACCUCGCAGCGCUUCCUGAACGUUGGCUAUGCGCUCUCGGCCAUCGUUCAAGAUCUGGACCCCACGGAGAACUACACGAUUUCUGUGCAGUGGUGCCCCUCGCAGAACGUCUGCAGCCCUUUUGUGUCCACCACGCGGGUUGCUAACGCACCAAAGCUUCCGGUGCCGUCUAACCUCACUGUGGUGGCUGUCGGGCCAGCGUCCAUCAACGUCACCUGGCAGCUUCCGGGGAAUAGCACCAACAUUACUGGCUACCAGGUGUCCUGGUGCAUCAGCGACUUGUGCGUCGGCAAGCUGAACGACCUUACGACAAGGACUUUCUAUUCGGUUCAACGGCUACAAGACUUUAAGAACUACACCGUGUUCGUCUGCGCCUACGUGGACCGCGGUCUGACCACCUUCGUUGGUCAAUGCAUCAAUAUUAGCGCCAAGACGCAGCCCGCGGCUCCCACCGGUGGUGUGGCGAUACCACUGAGCCAGUCAUCGAUCCUCGUCGCCUGGGCACCCAAACCGGGAUGCCCUUCGAUAUCGGCGUACCAGCUGAGGGUCGCUAGUCCGACGCCCACCGUAAACUGGGCCUCCACGGAACUCACUCAGUACACUUUCGCGAACUUGGUGACGAAGACGAAGUACACCUUCCAGCUUCGGUGGUGUCCCCUGCCGGGAACGUGCAGCGAAGCCGUGAACAUAACUGGAACCACUUUUUGAAGCCUUCCAGUGCAAGAACCGCUUGCAUAAGGAAAGGCCUGAAGGUCUGUGUACGUUGGAAUGACGAUGGUGCUCUACAACUACGCUCGAUGAAACUUAAAUAAGGCACAUCGUGCAGGCCAAUGGUAUACUCCUAAGCCUCAAUGCGCUCAUCUAUUUGCUAACAGGGUAAAUGCUAUGCGCCGCAAUGAGUAUUAUUUACGUCACACUGCCUAUAAACUGUUCUACGUGUUCACCUUCGCGCUAGUCACUAAGAACGUGAAUUCAUUGCGUGCAUGUUCUUCUAGCCAGACAUCUCGAGAUACCUAUAUUGCGAAGAACAAAGCUGGAAAAAUUGGUUCUCGCUAAGCAAGCUGUGCGUAAACUCGUUCUUUGACAGCAGGGUGGCUUGUUUUAAGCGCGUAUGGAUGUUAUGUGCUAAAUGUGACAGGAUUCAUGGGGCUUCUAUGGUUGGAAAAGUCAGGCGCAUGGAAAACAUUGGCACAAUAGGAAUGAAAAGGUGCCUUUAUGUUCUAUGCCCAACUUUACAGACCCUUUGUAACCUUACGAACUCGCUCAGCUUUCUCUCGUUCUAAAUAGAGCUUCUAAUUUCUAAGGCUACUUUCACGUCCUUCUGUAAUGGUGGGGUGUGUCUGUGAUUAAUUAGCGAGCUAUGUAAUAUGAAUAGCAAAAAUCUGAUCGGAGUCAUUCAGUAGUAAGAACGCGGAAUGCGCGAGAAUGCGAAAAGCUAUAGUUUUGUGCCGCUCUUAAGUAUAUUCAGCCACUCCUCAAUCUUAAAUAUAGUAAAUGCCGACGUCGUGCGAAAAAUAAAUAUGAAACGGAUAGUCGAGUACAACUACCGUGAUUAAAAGCGCGCUUCUCAGAUUCCAAAGCGCGACGACGGAGAGUGAUAUUAGGCACACGCGGGCUUCGAGCACAGUGCAGCCCGCCGUACAAGCACAUCGCUUCGAAGGCCACUUGUCAUCCACCCUCGGUCUUCUGUAAGCUUGGCUAUGUUUCGAAGCACCCAGCAUUUCUAUUCUUCAGCCGUAUCUCAUAUGCCACGUCAGUGAAGGGAUGGACGAUAAACGGUCAUGACUCCCAUGAGAGACCGCUCCCGAUGCAUGAAUAAAGAGUUUCAUCUU